GGACCGGACCACCUUCCAACCUCUUGCUUCAGCAUCACCUCCUCGCUCACUUGACAGCUCCAUGGAUGUAAAAGCGUCAAGUUCGGAGAAGUCUCAGCUGAUCCACGACAAGAACCACAAGACCUACUGCGAGCGCGUGCACAGUUCCUUCCCAGACCCAAGUGAGCACUUUCCAGACUUCCCUUUCAAGAAUGGCGGCACAGCGGGCACCGUGGCUCUCAAGCGGCCCACCGGUUCCCACUGCCACCACCGCACUCCUCUCUCGGUUCCCAGCCAGGAUGACGGCAGUCCAGACACAUUGCUGGCCAAGAAGAAACUAUACAUGGCGUCAGCAGUCUGCUUGGUUUUCAUGAUUGGUGAAAUCAUCGGGGGCUACCUGGCCCACAGCUUGGCCAUUAUGACGGACGCGGCCCAUCUCCUGACCGACCUCGGCAGUAUGCUGGUGAGCAUCUUCUCCUUAUGGAUUUCCUCCAGACCCCCAGCCAAGAACAUGACCUUCGGUUGGCACCGCUCAGAGAUCCUGGGUGCUUUCUUCUCUGUCAUGUCCAUCUGGAUGGUGACAGGCAUUUUGGUCUACUUGGCCAUCGAGAGGAUCAUACGGGACGACUACGAGAUUGAAGGUCACGUGAUGCUGUUCACCUCCGCCUUCGCCGUUGUGGUCAACAUCCUCAUGGCGUACAUCCUGCACCACUCCACCACCUUCCACGCCCACGGCCGCGGCUACCAGCACAUCGAGGAGGAGGCCCAGAGCCCGCACGGCCACACCCUCUUGGGGGGUUCCCACGGCAGCACCAGCGUACGGGCGGCGUUCAUCCACGUAGUGGGAGACUUGUUGCAGAGCGUCGGCGUCAUGGUGGCCGCCAUCGUCAUCUACUUGCGGCCUGAGUACAAAGUGGCUGAUCCCAUCUGCACUUUCCUAUUCUCCAUCUUUGUCCUGUGCACCACCUUCACUAUCCUCAGAGACGUCUUCAGGAUACUCAUGGAAGGUUCUCCCAAAGGCAUCGAGUUCAAGUCGGUGAAAGAAGUUCUGAUGACGGUGAAGGCGGUCCGCUCGGCCCACUCGCUGCACCUUUGGGCGCUUACGCUGGGACGGACGCUGGCCUCCGUACAUCUGGCUGUUGAUGAAGGCGCCGACACGCAGUCAGUCCUGCAAGAAGCCACGGAGCUCCUCCACACUAAAUUCGGCUUCCACAGCGUCACCAUUCAAGUGGAACGCUACCACGACGACAUGCAGAAUUGCAGACUCUGCCAAGACCCCUGGGACUGAAGACCAACCCUUGCGCACCUCAAAAAAUCUCCAAAAUUCAUGACAACUUGCAAGACAACGAGGCGCUCGGAACCUGGAAUGUCAACAAACCUAAAUGUUAAAUGUUCCUCCACCAAGGCGAUUGUUUAGUUUAACAUUUUUGGUGCUGAUGUCAUUGAUUACACGGGUCCAAUCAUCAGUCUCGAUUGAUAAUUCCGAUCACAGGUUAAUCACCUCCGUGAAGUUGGCCACUCAUCAGAUGCAAAUUAUCGAAAAAUGAUGUCAAUCGUUUGUGCAACGUUUGUGCUGUAAAAAGGGAAUUUAGGGGUCACUUCCUGUUGAUAUUAAGUCACUUCCUGUUGAU